CUCCUCCCACGGGCCCAGGGGGACCAGGGGGCCGGGCUGGACGUGGCUCUUCCCGGGGGAGAGGAGCCCUCCGGGCGCCCGGCUGCCCACACUCUGCGCUCAGCCUCCCUUCCUCCCUCCAGCCGCCCCGGGUCUGAGCACCGGCCGUCUGACCGCCCCUCCCGCUGGGAAGGAGGCGGCCGGCCGGCCAGGGGGCUAUUUUGGGAGCAGCUUCUGGGAUCCGAUGGCCUUGUUAGGGCAACACUGACCUCUCUGUCCCGGAGGAGGCAGGGCCGGCCGGGGGCGGGGCGGCCUCCAGGGAGCCACAGCCCGCACCCACCCCGGCUGGAGGAGAGAGAGGGGCCGGGCUGCAGGAAUCCAGCUGCCGCCGAGGGGACUGCCCGCUCUGAGCCGGACCGGGGACCGGGGACCCCGCCACCCCACCCUGCCACUGGUGCUUCUUAAAGGGAUCGCGGCGUCUCUCCCCUGGCUCCAUGGCAGCCGGGCCCGGGAUGCUCCGUGGAGGGCUUGCCUCUCUCCCUCCCGCGCCCUGCCCCGCGGGCAGCCUCCCCCUGGCUGCCUGAGGGCCCCAGGCAUGGCCCCGGCCGGGCACCUGGUUCCUGGGCUCCCGCAGCCUCUGGCGGCAGCUGGCUUUCCCCCCGCCUGCCGGGGUGGGCGGUGGUGAGGGGCCCCGGCCCGGAGCCCGGAGCCGGACAAGCUGGAGGGCAGCCAGGCGGCCGGGGGCUGCGAUGCGAUGAGCGGCGGCCGCUUUGACUUUGACGAUGGCGGGGCGUACUGCGGGGGCUGGGAGAACGGCAAGGCGCACGGCCACGGGCUGUGCACCGGCCCCAAGGGCCAGGGCGAGUACUCGGGCUCCUGGAACUUCGGCUUCGAGGUGGCCGGCGUGUACACCUGGCCCAGCGGCAACACCUUCGAGGGGUACUGGGCGCAGGGCAAGCGGCACGGGCUGGGCAUAGAGUCCAAGGGGCGCUGGCUCUACAAGGGCGAGUGGACGCACGGCUUCAAGGGCCGCUACGGCACCCGGCAGAGCAGCAGCAGCGGCGCCAAGUACGAGGGCACCUGGAGCAACGGCCUGCAGGAUGGCUACGGCACCGAGACCUACGCCGACGGAGGCACGUACCAGGGCCAGUUCGCCAACGGCAUGCGGCACGGCUACGGCGUGCGCCAGAGCGUGCCCUACGGGAUGGCCGCGGUGGUGCGCUCGCCGCUGCGCACGUCGCUGUCGUCCCUGCGCAGCGAGCACAGCAACGGCGCGCUGGCCCCGGACGCGCCCGCCCCGCCGCCGCCCGACGGCCCGCCGCCGCCCUCGCCCGCCAUCCCGCGCGGCGGCUUCGCGCUCAGCCUGCGGGCCCGGCCCGACGGCGGCCCCCGCGCCCGGGCCGGGCUGCUGCCCCGCGCGCCGCUGCUGGGCCGCCUGCGCCGGGCCGAGUCCCGCGCGUCGCUGGGCAGCCAGCGCAGCCAGCCCGGCUCGGGCGCCAGCGACAGCUCCUCCGCCAGCCUGGGCGGCGAGGCGGCCGACGCGGCGGACGAGGCGGCGGCCUUCGAGGCGGACAUCGACGCCACCACCACCGAGACCUACCUGGGCGAGUGGCGCAGCGACCGGCGCUCGGGCUUCGGCGUGAGCGAGCGCUCCAGCGGCCUGCGCUACGAGGGCGAGUGGCUGGACAACCUGCGCCACGGCUACGGCUGCACCACGCUGCCCGACGGCCGCCGCGAGGAGGGCAAGUACCGCCACAACGUGCUGGUCAAGGGGCCCCGGCGCCGCGUGCUGCCGCUGCGGGGCCACCGGCUGCGCCAGAAGGUGGAGCGCGCCAUGGAGGGCGCCCAGCGCGCCGCCGCCAUCGCGCGCCAGAAGGCCGAGAUCGCCGCCUCCAGGACCAGCCACGCCAAGGCCAAAGCUGAGGCCGCAGAGCAGGCCGCCCUGGCCGCCAACCAGGAGUGCAGCGUUGCCCGCAGCCUGGCCAGGGAGCUGGCUCCGGACUUCUACCAGCCAGGCCCGGAGUACCAGAAGCGCCGGCUGCUGCAGGAGAUCCUGGAGAACUCGGAGAGCCUGCUGGAGCCGCCGCCGGGCCGGGGCCCCCCGGGGCGGCCCCCCGAGGGCGGCGCCCCGUCCCCGGCCGGGACGCCCCCGCCGCCCAAGCGGCCCCGCCCGGGGGCGGCGGCGGCGGCGGCGGCGGCCACGGACGGCCCGGGCCCCGGCGCCUGGAACGGCGAGCGGGACGCGGGGGGCAGCCGGCCCGCCACGCCCGGCCGCCCGCGCCCCGCGCGCCCCGAGCUCAUGGCCAUCGAGGCGCUGCAGGCGCCGCCCGCGCGGGGGCCCGAGCCCGAGGCGGCGCUGUACCGCGGCUACCACAGCUACGCCGUGCGCACCGGGCCCGGGCCGCCCCCCGAGGAGCCCGAGCCCGGGUCCGAGGCCUCGGGGUCCGACUCCGGGCCGCCCUCCCCGGCCGCCGCGCCCGCCGCGCCCGCCGCGCAGGAGCCCGCGCCCGCGCCCGCGCCCCCCGCCAGGCUGGAGCCCAAGCCCAUCGUGCCCAAGGGCGAGCCCAAGGCCAAGGCGCGCAGGACGGAGGCCCGCGGGCUGAGCAAGGCCGGGGGCAGGAGGAAGGCCCGGCGGGAGGCGGCCGGGCCCGACGCGGAGGUGGAGGAGGUCCCCAACACCGUCCUCAUCUGCAUGGUGAUCCUGCUGAACAUCGGCCUGGCCAUCCUGUUCGUCCACCUGCUGACCUGACCCUCGUCCGCCAGAGCCCGGAGUGCCUGCUGAGGACACAGAGGCCCGCCUCUCUGCAGUGCUGGGCAGGGCGGCCGCGGAGGCCUGGACUCUGGACCCGGAGCCCCGGUCCCAGCUCCCAGCCACGCUGCGGACUUCUAAGGGGGCCU